AUGGCCCUCAAAACUUCAAAACUGCGUAUUUUCAUCACAAUAUGCCUUAUACAGCUGGCUUUCGCAGCUCGAUCUGGCUUUCAAUUUAUGGAGCAUGUAGAUGCACCACCUGGCUGGUCAAGAGGUGAAGCUCCGGCUCCUUCAAGCUUGAUAAAAUUUAGACUUGCACUCAUUCAACCAAAUAUUACUGCAUUCGAGCAAAGUGUCAUCGAUAUUUCAACACCGGAAAAUCCAAGAUAUGGCCAGUUUAUGACGCGCGAAGAAUUAACAGAAAUAUUGAACCCAGAUCCUUCUGGCCUCGAUCGAGUCCUAUCUUGGUUGAAAUCGAACAAUGUAUCUGAAGAUCUCAUUCAAGUCAAAAGUAACUGGAUUACCUUCAACGUUACUAUCGCCCAAGCGCAGCAUAUGCUGAAUACACAAUUCAAUAUCUAUCAUAACGAUGAGAGCAACACCACUAUUGUCAGAGCUCUUCACUACUCUGUGCCACGAGAGGUAUAUUCCCACAUUCAAUUGAUCCAGCCAACAACUUGGUUCGGGUAUUCAAAACCACAGUUACUGGAGAAACCGGUCGUCACCACACAAGAUGAUUUGGUCACAGAUUGCGGGUCCUUCAUUACGCCAGACUGUCUACGGGUCAUAUAUGGCCUAUACGACACCCAGGCCAAACCUGAUGUCAAAAAUCGGCUGGGAAUAGCAGGGUUCCUGGACCAAUACGCCCGCCACAGUGACUUUUACGACUUCAUAAAAGAGUAUGCCACCAACUCCACAGACGCCAAUUUCUCGAUUGUGAGUAUCAACGGGGGCUUGAAUCGGGAAGAAUCCUUCACAGCUAGCACAGAGGCUAGCUUGGAUAUUCAGUACGCUAUUUCCCUAGCAUAUCAUGCCCUGGCAACAUACUAUACCACUGGUGGUCGGGGUCCUCUGGUACCAGGAGGAAACCAGCCAAUUCAGGUCAUCUCAACAAAUGAACCUUAUCUGGAGCAGCUUCACUACCUGAUUAGUCUUCCUGAUGAUGAGCUUCCGGCAGUUCUCACUGCUUCGUAUGGAGAAGAUGAGCAAACUGUUCCGCCAUCUUAUGCUACUUCAGUCUGCAAUUUAUUUGCCCAGCUUGGUGCGCGUGGAGUAUCGGUCAUUUUCAGUAGUGGGGAUGCCGGGCCAGGAGGUUCAUGUCGGAGCAACGAUGGAAAGAAUCGGACAAAAUUCAAUCCGGGAUUUCCUGCCUCUUGCCCAUUCGUCACCGCUGUUGGGGGAACUACUGGAGUCAGUCCCGAAAAGGCAGUUGGGUUCUCUGGGGGCGGGUUCUCGGACCAUUUCUCACGACCGGAGUAUCAGAAUAGGGCUGUGCAAGGGUAUUUCCAUCUCUUAGGUAAUAGAUGGGAAGGGUUGUACAAUCGAGGAGGUAGAGGUAUCCCUGAUGUUGCGGCCCAGGCGAGUCAUUUUGUCAUUCGAGACCAUGGGCAGUAUUUGAGGAUCGGUGGCACCAGUGCGUCGGCACCUGUUUUCGCUGCCAUUGUUUCCCGACUCAAUGCAGCUCGCCUUGAUCAAGGAAGACCUCGAAUGGGCUUCCUCAAUCCCUGGCUAUACAAUAGCUCUGGGCACCUAGGCUUCACAGAUAUCGUGGAAGGUGGCUCAAGUGGUUGUGGAUCCUCUAUUCAUGCUAGUUGGAAUGCCACAACUGGAUGGGAUCCAGUGACAGGGUUCGGUGUGCCUUUCUUUGGGAGUCUUCUUCGAUUGGCGAUGGCUACAAACAAUUAA